AUGAUCAACCCAAGCUUUCUUUUUCCCGCUGUUUUGAUCUCUCUUGCUGUCGGUUCAAUUGCUUCACCAGUCACUGGAAGUAAACAUUCCCAACCGCCUGCAUUUUUCCUUGCCGGCGACUCUACGACUGCCGUGCAAUCCACUAAUGGUGGAGGUUGGGGAGACGGAUUCUUGAACACCACUCUCAAGCAUGGAGCCACCGGCAAAAACUUCGGCCACAACGGCGCGACAACAGUCUCCUUUCGAGCAGGCGGCGACUGGGACAAUGUAAUUCAGGCCGCAAAGGCAUCGCUGCCGUCAUACAAACCAUACGUAACGAUUCAAUUCGGCCACAACGACCAGAAACCCGACAAAAACAUUAGUAUGGCAGACCUCACAGCCAACCUGAUCACCUUCGUCAAGGAAGUCCGCUCUAUACCUGCGACCCCGGUUCUCGUCACCAGCUUAAGCAGGCGCCGUUUCACUAAUUCGAGCACCCCAACGGUCGUCGAGAAUCUCGCCGAUGUGGUCGCUGCGACCAAAGACGCUGCGAAACAGACUGGAGCAUACAUCAUUGAUUUGAACGCCGCUAGCACGAAGUACUUGAAUCAGAUUGGGCCGGAGAAUGCGGCGACAUAUAAUCUGAUCCCGACGGAUUUUACGCAUCUGAAUGCUGAGGGGAGCGUAGUCUUUGGAAACUUAGUCGCUCUUUUGCUAGACCGUGAGGUCAGGGCUUUAGGGAAGUUUGUGGUGCCCGAGAAGGAGAUCGUGAAAGCUAUUAAGACGGGGACUUAUUAUUUUCCUAGCUGA